AAAGGUAAUCCCCAUUGGUACCUCCAUGCACACAUUCCUUGGAUUUCAUUCUGUUUUGACGUCGAAAAUAUGACGUCAUUUUGUAAACAUGGCGUAACAGUUCGCCAAUAUUUCCUGAAAAUUGAAAAGCCUUACUAUUAAAAUCUGUAAAGCUUUCUCCUGCGAUAAAUUUUUGAAGUUUUUAAAGGUUUGAUGUCUACGACUACAUCUACAAGUAUUGUCUGUGCUGUUUGUGAUGGCCAAUCAAUCACACAAGAUGCAGUUACAUGGUGCCCAGAUUGUGAUGAAGCGUACUGUUCCAAAUGUCUAAAACAUCAUGGAAUUGCCAAGGCGACGAGGGAGCAUUCAGUUAUUGAAAUAGAACACUAUCGAGAAUUACCCCACUUUAUAUUUGAAGUGAAGACAGAGUGUGGUACGCAUCGAGCUCGAUAUCAGCUUUAUUGUAAAACACAUGAAUGUCCUUGCUGCAUAAAAUGCAUCGAUUCCGAACACAAAAAAUGCGAAGACCUAUUGCCACUUGAAGAUGUAGUCAGUGGGUCAAAGUCAUCCUUUGCUUUAGACGAUCUUCAAGAACGCAUUGGAGACCUAAAAAAGUUCUUCGAAAAUAUAGUAAUUGAAAAAAAGAAAAAUUCUGAAGAAAUAACUAAAUCCAGCAAAAAACUUGAAAUUGAAAUUAAACAAUUUAGAUUAAGACUGAAUACGCUUUUGGAUGUGUUAGAAACUGGACUUCUUACAAGCCUGUCCGAUUCAGAAAAAGAAAUUGAUAAUAGUAUAACAGUUUUGGUCGAUAAACUUAUAGCGAGCGAUAACAGAAUGCAGACCUUACUUUCUGGAAUAAAGUCAAUGAAACAACAUGCGUCGGAACUUCAGACUUUCUUUGCCAUCAGGGAAAUCGAAAAAGAAGUUCAAAUAAAAGAGCAGAAAACUAAGGAACUUGCCAAAAAUGAUGACAUAAAUAUACAAACCCUUUCUUUGACUUUUGACAGCAAACUACAGCAUCUCCUGGAUGCUCUGGAAUCAUUUGGAAGCAUUUCAAACACCUCUCUUCCAACAAAGAUUUAUUAUCAAAAUACAAAGGAAAAGCAAGCGCAGAUAAUCACAGAGAGAUUGUUUAGAAAAAAAAUUAAAUCUAAAAAAAACAAUUGAGAUGAGAAGAGAAGGUCACAACUGGUGUGGUGGAACGGCACUUUUACCUAACAACAAGCUGUUGAUGCUGGAAGUUCCUGUGUACAAGUAUACGGUAAAACCUGGGACAUAUCAUGAGUUUAUUGAUCUGGAUGAUGAUGCAUGUGAUGGGUUUUUGGUUGUUCUAAAUCAGGAUGGAUCUUUAGAUAGAAAGGUCAGGGUUUCAUCAUGGUCUUACAGCAUUGCUGCUAUUAACUCAACGACUGUCGCAGUUACAUUAAGUCGUCAUUCGAAAAUUGUCAUAGUCAAUUUACUAGACAAAGCGGUACAGAAAACAAUAAACACAAAAUAUCCUUGUUAUGGAAUUACACACUCGAAUGACAGUCUGUAUUACAGCUGUGGAGAACAUGGAAUUGAAAUACGAAAUUUGAUUAGCGGGAAAGUCUGUGAAUUAAAUAUUGGAAACAAGAAACAGUAUGAACACGUUGCUAUACACAACGAUAAGAUUUAUAUUUCUGAAUGCUGGGGACACAAUGGAAUAACAUGCUAUGAUAUGGCGGGAAAAUUGAUAUGGAAAUGGGGAGAUAAUGCAGUUGUUGGAGGGAUUUUAGACCUAACUGUCGACAAAGAUUCAUACGUGUAUGGUGUCGGUACCAGGUCGAACUAUGUUGUUAUCAUUUCCGCAAACGGGAAACAAAUUAAAUACUUCAAUUUGAAUGACACAUAUGAUUUCAUAAAUUUGCGAUCAAUAGAUUGUUGUCUGCAAAGUAGUAAGUUAUAUGUUACUGAUGAUAAUAUGAAUACACAAAUUUAUGAAAUAAAUUGAAAUAGAAAUUAAUGUACACUUUGUGCUCAUGAUGAACAGCUUGCACCCUACCAUGCAAUCCAGUAAUUGAAAACAGUCGAAAGCUUGCAACCUACCAUGCAAGAUCAUGCAAUAUCCACUAAUUGAAAACAGUCUUCCAUGCAAUAUCCCGUAAUUGAAAAAGAAAGUCUCCUCUUUGCAACGGGUUGAUCGUAAACACAGUCCGAUAUUUGAAAAUUAGCAACUGAAUUUC